CAUGUUUAUAUAUCUAGGGCCACUCAAAGAAUAAUCAUCAAAUUUUAUGUUGAAAAAAUAGAUAGAAAAAAAAAAGAUCAUUUAAGGUGAUUUCGUUGCUGUAAAAAAAAGGGUUGUUAUGAAUAUAACUCAAGCUUAUCGUUCUCUGGCGCACGUGACGUCCAUGCAGACGUGAGAUGUCUUGGCCCUCUUCUUCUCUGUCUAUACUUCUCUUCGUGCCAGAUUUCAGCCAGAAUGGCCGGCAGCGGCAGUGGUAAAGGUCUGCGCUAUGACGGUAGCUCCUCCACGUAGGGCCGCGAGCGGGAUAACGGCUGUCAGUCAGAUUAACAAGGCCAACUUCAGCAAGAUCGAAGAAAACAAGAAACUGUCAUCACCCAGGAAGGGCCAUGCUGCCAUUCUGUUCUCUCUGAAGAAUGAGGUCGGAGGCCUGGUGAAGGCUCUCAAGCUCUUCCAGGAAAGUCACUUCAACAUCGAAGCUCGUAAGCGGCGCAACUCUGAGUUUGAGGUGUUUGUGGACUGCGACAGCGACCACCAGCAGCUUAGAGAGGUCAUUCAGCUCCUGCAGAAGCACAUGAACCUGCCUGAUAUGGACCUCAAAGAGAACAUCAGCCUGCCGGAAGAUGAUAUGGACGGGGUCCCUUGGUUCCCCAAGAAGAUUUCCGAUCUGGACCACUGUGCCAGUCGGGUUCUGAUGUACGGCUCAGACCUGGACGCAGAUCAUCCGGGUUUCAAAGACAAUGUGUAUCGUAAGAGAAGAAAGUACUUUGCAGACCUUGCCAUGGGCUACAGACAUGGUGAGUCAAUCCCGCAUGUGGACUUCACGGAGGAGGAGGUGCAGACAUGGGGGGUGGUGUACCGGGAGCUGAGCGCGCUCUACCCGACGCACGCCUGCCGCGAGUACCUGAAGAACCUGCCCCUGCUCACCCAGCACUGUGGCUACCGCCCGGACAACAUCCCACAGCUGGAGGAUGUGUCACGCUUCCUCAGAGAGCGUACUGGCUUCACCAUCAGACCAGUGGCUGGUUACCUGUCUCCGCGUGACUUCCUGGCUGGCCUGGCGUUCCGUGUGUUCCACUGUACCCAGUAUGUGCGCCACAGAUCUGAUCCUCUAUACACCCCUGAGCCGGACACGUGUCACGAGCUUCUGGGUCAUGUGCCCCUGCUGGCUGAGCCCAGUUUCGCCCAGUUCUCCCAGGAGCUCGGACUCGCCUCCCUUGGAGCCUCCGACGACUCUGUUCAGAAACUCGCCACCUGCUACUUCUUCACAGUGGAGUUCGGCCUGUGCAAGCAGGAGGGACGACUCCGAGCGUACGGAGCCGGCCUGCUGUCCUCCAUCAGCGAGCUGAAGCAUGCUUUAUCUGGCAAAGCAAACAUCCUGCCCUUUGACCCCGACGUCACGUGUAAGCAGGAGUGCCUCAUCACCACCUUCCAAGACGUCUACUUCCUGUCUGGGAGUUUUGAGGAAGCCAAGGUCAAAAUGAGGGAGUUUGCGAAGACGAUCAAGCGUCCGUUCAGCGUGCGCUACAACCCCUACACGCAGAGCGUGGACGUGCUGAAGGACAUGCCCAGCAUCAACAGCGUGGUGGAGGAGCUCCGCCACGAGCUGGACAUCGUGGGGGACGCGCUGCAGAGGCUCAACCAGCACAUGGGCGUCUGACCGCCACAACGCACCCCCAUACCUGUACCCCAAAAUACCUGGGCGUCUGACCGCCACAACGCACUUCCAUACCUGUACCCCAAAAUACCUGGGCGUCUGACCACCACAACACACUCCCAUACCUGUACCCCAAAAUACCUGGGCGUCUGACUGCCACAACGCACCCCCAUACCUGUACCCCAAAAUACCUGGGGGGCAUAAAACACCUGGGGAUGUGGUGACCCUGCGGUCCUCUACCCUACACUGAGAUCUCCCCCAUCCCAACAUCUACCCCACCCCUAUUUCUACCCCACCUUGAAAUCUACCCCACCCCGAGAUCUACCCACCCCGAGAUCUACCUGCCCGGAAGUCUACCCUACCCCAAAAUCUACCCAAUCGGAUACUGAGCAGCCUGGGCGUCCAUUGCGGUCAACCGGUUUAUUUAUUUCUGCUUCCAAUCCCACCAACACACCAUCAGCACUUGAGGAUGUUAUAAAAGCUAUCUACCUACAAAAACACAUACUUUAAUGCAUCAUCAGUAAACACAUACACAUAUGGUACACAGUCAUCAGUAAAAGCCUAUAUAAUACUUUCCUCUUUACUGUGUACUAUUUUGUACUAUUGGGUGGCAAAUAUCUAAGCACCUUUGCUACCUCUUCCUCCUGUUUCUCCCCUGUGCCACCCUAAUGCCCGCCAAUAUCCACCUCAUACCACUCUAAUACCCCCCAUACCCACCUCCUGCCACCCUAUUGCCCACCCUUCAUACCCACUUCAUGCCACCCUAAUGUCCCCCAUACCCACCUCAUUUCACAGUAAUGCCCCCCCAUACCCACCCCAUGCCACCGUAAUGCCCCCCAUACCCACCCCAUGCCACCGUAAUGCCUCCCAUAACCACCCCAUGUCAGCGUAAUGCCCCCCAUACCCACCCUAAUGCACCCACAUGUGUGCCCACCUCUAUCUAACAGCUCUGUGUCCACACAUGUACCCAUGCCUGUGCCCAGCAUCACCACCACCCUCCACACACACACACACACACACACACACACACACACCUUUGCCAAAGAAUCACUGAGCACCAAAGAUACACAGCACAGGUCAAUCAGUGUGUUCCACGUGUUUAAUGUGUGUAACUAAUCGUGCGCUUGUCUGUCCUGCAGUCUGUCUUUCCAUGGAAUGUACUGAUGAGAUGUUGAUGUUCAAUGAAAAAGAAUAAAAUUAAAGACAUAUGAACCAGUGAA